GAGAGAGAGAGAGAGAGAGAGAGAGAGAGAGAGAGAGAGAGAGAGAGAGAGAGAAGAGAGAGAGAGAGUUUUAAAUAAUCGUCUGUCCAUUGGUCGACUUAGGAAGAGGAAGAGACUGACGUUCCGGAUCGUUCGACCGUGCAUUUUGUGCUACGCGGAUUAAGCCGGGCCGGAAAAACGAUGGAGAAGGAACAGCCGGAUUCCCUUGCGACGGUCGCUGUCGUGUCGGAAAAGAUACCGCAGACCCAUAGCCAUUAUGCACCCAGCGAGGUCUACUCUUCCACCGAGCCACCACCGGCGUACAUGAGACCGCCGAUGAAGAGUACGGCGGUGCAGAUCGCCAGGAUCGCCGCUAUCACUCUGAUCACGAUGUCCGUGGUGCUCGGCAGCUUUAUCCUGGCGGCAUCCUGGGUCCAGGCUAGGGCUUCCUGCACGCCGGAAUCGAUCGCGGCGAUGCAGGCCGAGCUGAAGCUCCAACAGCAGCAGGCUUACGGAUCGUAUCAGCCGCAAGGUGAAUUUCUGAAGCAUUUGCAGCCAGAGGCUCUGGUGCAGGAAUCCGUUGAAUCGAAGAAUUCUCUGCAAAGUCUCUCUGCACCAGUGAAGAAAGAAGUUGAACCAGAUACUAAAGAUAUGAAAACUCAAGGAGAAGGAGAGAACAACGCGAAAACUGAUAACGAGAGUAGCGAUCACGAUGACGAUGAUGACGAUUACGAUGACGAUGAAUUCCCUCCCGUGCAUAUCAAACUUCCUCUUCAGUUGGAUCUCGACGACAUUGCAGGCACAUUGAUCCAACAAGCUCGUAGCAGAGUUUCCUGCGUGGUUGAACGACGACGAGCUGACGAGGUGAUGGACGGAACCGGUGACAACGGUUUAGAUAACAGUACCGAUCCGCAGCGUUUCCAAAGACUAAGCGGCGAACGAGUUGCUAUUCUUUGUGAAUCAGGCAGUCCAAAUCAGGAGCAGCAGGAUCAAGAGAUGCUCACCCCGAUCAUCGUGCCCCUAGGUACUGUGCAAAUUCCUCUCCAGUCUCAGGAACCUAACCCGGGUUAUCAUCAAUAUCAAAUACACACCCAGUAUCAAGUUCCCGACAUGCAACAAUUACCACUCAGCGACCCACGAGGAUUGAAUCACAUCCCGCCGGGUGUACUUCCUCCUGAGCUUCGUAACCUUCCUCAGUUGACUAUGGAAAUGAGACCGCCUCGAAUGGGACCCCAGACGCCCAUGAUGGGACCUCAGAACAACCCGAUGGGACCACAAGUCGAGAUGCGUCAGAUCCCUAUCGAAUUGCGUCAUUUCCCAAUGGACCCGAUGAGAGGAAUGCGACCGAUGGCACAGGAGCCUCGCCAAGAACCGCAACAAGUUUCGAUGGUAUAUCAGCAACAGGCCGAGCAAGUUCCUAAUAAUUAUAACCAGGAGCAGCAGGGUCCGGCUAUGAUGCCACCACCCCCUCCGCAAGCUGAAGCACACCAAGAUCCGAGAAUACAACAGAUAUCACCCAUGAUGAUUCCGCAAACCGAACAAAGGCCACCAGCUCCACCUCAAGUUACACCUGAAAAACCGCGCUCUCCCUUCCAGGGCAUUCCCAUCGAAAUCAAGAGAAUAAUUCAACAAGUACCGCUGGAAAUUAAGAAUAUUAUUCAGCACAUUACUGGUGAAGCUAGAGCAAUCCCGGUCCAGGUACCAGAGGGAGCACGUCGUGAAGAACUCAAACCAUUCCCGGAAGGCGCGAGGCCAAUACCAUUAGGACCAUUCCCACUUCCGGUGGAAGUAAGAAAUUUGAUUGAGCAUGGAAACAUCGAAGGACGUCAACAUCAAGAUGGCGGCGAAGAACAACAGGAAGCGAAAGCUUUCUCUAAUUCAGAGGACGAGAGCGAUGAAGUAGAAAGAAACUUCCCUAUUCCUAUGGAAAUUCGCAAUAUAAUUCAUCAGGUUGUAGAGGGUCGUGCUUUCCCGAUUCCAAGAUUUGCAUUUAGGCCAGUCAAAUCCAUGGAAAUACCAGUCGAAGCACAUGCUGAAGUGACCGAUGGUCAAUCUACGGAUCAGCAACAACCGGAAAAUCGACAACAGGAGCAACACGAAGCGACACAUAUGAUGAUGCAGCAACAGCAACAGCAACAGCAACAGCAAUCCAUACAAGAAGAGGAAUCUCGCCCGCAUUAUGUGCAACCACGCUCCGUGCGCUCCGUACCAGAUGAUGUUUUCCUACAUCGUCGUGAGAAGCGUGUGCGUCGUUGCGCCUGUGAUUGCGCGUGCUAAAGGAUGCAGCUGGGUGUGUCCAUCGGGCGGAAAGAAUUUUUAAAGCAGUCGGUCCGAAAAAAAAAUUUAAGAAUAAAGAAUUUUAAAAGAGCGCGCCAUCCACGUACACUUUGUCCAAACGUUCGCAACCUUCAGCGCCUUCAGCGAAUAAAGUGAAACGCGAGGAAAAAGCUGAAGCUGCUAUAUUUUCAUAUCAAAGUUGCAACCCCUCACAAGUACAUCGAAUUAUACUGAUUGUAUUAAAUUGUCCUAAUCCAAAGUAUUUUUACUAUUACAAUUAUAACAGGUCACAAUAUCCCUGAAUAAUUUCCCUGCAGGUUUCCGAAGCGCUUAAUAAAAAAGAAUUUUGAAAUUAUAUUAACAAACCGCAUUUAUGGUAAAGUAUUAAGUACGAAGCCGAUAAUAUUUUUAUUUCGCGCAAAGGAUAGAUAAGUAUUAAUCGAAGUAUACAGUUGAUGAUUUGAAAUAAGUGUGUUUAUCAAGAAAAGAAAUCUUGAUUUAAAAACAACAAUUAAUUUCAGAAUAGGUUUUUAUUGGCCAACAGUACGAGAUUAAACAUUUAUAAGUCUAACAGUAAUAUAUGUCGAGAUCCAUUUAAACAACAAUCUGCGAAUUGUUGAUUGAAAUUAAGCAUGAGUGAUACUUUUCAAAUCAAUUAAAUUGAUUAUAUUGUUAUACUCUUUCGUAGAAAGAAAGAAUGCGAAGAUAGUUUAGAAAUCUGUGAUUUUCUUAUAUAAAUCCCUGUGAAAACGUACUUGACACGUAACGCUGCACUCACAUGGUUAAAGAUAAUUAAUAAUUAAAAUUUCUGUAUAACAAUUAUCUUUUAUGUUCCGUUAUUAACUUUGUACUUUUGUUUAUUUUCCUAUUACCCCACCACACUCUUAAAAAGAAAAUAAUAAAGAUAGAUUCUUUUACGUAGAAAACAAUUCAAAUUCUUUUUAAGAAUAUUUUCUAAAUCAACGUUUUUAGUUUAAUUGAUUAGUUACAUUUCUGUAUAUUGUUUGCUCCUAUCGAAAA